CCAGUUUACAUGUUAUGCGGCCGCGGUGAGAUGUGUUUCUGGCGGCCGAGAACUGAUUCCUCAACGUUUCUUAACCUACGUCACAUCCGUAGCAGGGGUCCCUCGAUCGGCGCCAUUUCAUAUUUCAUUCAUUGGUAUUAGGCCCAUUUCGCUUCUCAGGAUUUGCCCACUUGGAUAUAACCAUGGUUAAAAUCUUCGUCGGUAAUCUUGCCUCCAGCACCACAGUGGAGGAGCUAAGGGAUCUGUUUACACAGUAUGGCAAAAUUACAGAAUGUGACAUCGUCAAAAACUUUGGCUUUGUGCACAUGAACAACAUGACCGAGGUCGAGGAGGCCAUUCGGAACCUCCACCACUACGAGCUAAACGGCGAGCGCAUGAACGUGGAGAUGAGCAAAGGACGACCAAAGUCCACCACCAAGCUCCAUGUGAGCAACCUCGGAGAGGGCUCCACCAACGAGGAGCUAAAGGGCAAAUUCGAGGAGUUUGGCUCUGUGGUGGAGUGUGACAUAGUCAAAGACUAUGCUUUUGUGCACAUGGAGCGGAUGGAGGAUGCCAUGGCAGCCAUCGAUAAGCUGGACAACACAGCCUUUAAAGGCAAGCUGAUGAACGUACAGCUGUCCACCAGUCGGCUUCGCACGGCUCCGGGAAUGGGAGAUCAAACCGGCUGCUAUGUCUGCGGGAGACAGGGUCACUGGUCAAAAGAUUGCCCCGACGGUCGGAACGGUAGCCACAGUGACGACAUGCGGGGCCACAGUGGCCGCCCCCCCCUCCCCAGGGGCCCGCCGGGUUAUGGCAGGGGUGGCUAUGGGAUGACCCCGGGAUCUGAGUACAUGCCUAGCUCUGCGUAUAGCCGUGCUUACAUGGGCGCCAUCCCGCCACCCCCUCGUAGGCUGAGUAGUUACGGGUCUGAGUUAGCCAGCCGGUACGCCAGCGCCGCGGCAGCGGCGGGCCCCUACGCCGAGCGGCCCUCGGCCUACGACCGUGAGCGCUACAGCAGCAGUGUUGAUUACUAUGAGAAAUACAGAGCCCGUCCCCCGUACGGCUCCAGCUAUUUCGAGGACCGCCGUCUCUCCUACCUUCCCCCUCCCCCACCCCCCUCUUCCUCCCUCUCAAGGAUCUCCUCCAGCAUAGAUCCGUACGAGCGUCGGCCGCUGCCGCCGUCCUCGUACGCCGCCGCUGCCGCCGCCGCCGCCGCCGCCUACUAUUCGCGGGACCGCAGCCCGAUCCGCCGAGUGCCGGUCACCUCGGCGAGCUACGCCUACGAACGCUCUCGGCUGUCCCCCUCGUCCUCCUCCAGAAGCUCCUCGUACGCGGUGGCUCGGGCCAAGGAGCACCACGCGCCGCGCUACGCGCCGUACUAACGCCGCGCCGCCAAGGUGAGCAAUGCAGGAGAAUGUGCCGGUAACAUUUCCGAGAGUGCGACUUUUUAUGUUAAAACAUAAACUAAACUAAAGAAAACGUAGCGGACGAGUCUGGAUUUCGAGAGCCGCUUUUGACUGAAAGAUGUGUCCAGGCUCUGACUUCUUACAGGCUGUGCAGCGCACCUUGAAGCCUAAAACUCGGUUGUUUUCUUUUUAGGUGUUUUUGUGAACUGCGGGACUUUUCCUUUGCCAUCAUUUGCCGCCCCGAGUGGCAUGAUUCCAUCGGUCUUUGCGACGCGCCCCCCCCCCCCCCCCCCCCCCCCCCCCCCCCCCAAAACAAAGGAUUCUCACGCCGUGGGUGGGAUUGAGCAAGGACCGUCUUUCCGAUACCCGCAGAAGAUUAAUCUUGUCAAUCAUCGGGCGAUCCACAGCUUAACAUAAGAAUACAUAUUUUACAGUUUUAAUCUGGAUUUCAAUAUUGAUACUAAAACAUAAACCUUUUUUUGGUUAUUUUUGCGGGCUUUGUUUUGCUGGUUUAAAUUCUUUAGUCAAGUCUCCCUUUUAUAUAAAUGUAUAUACCUAUGUUGCUUAUUCAGGUGAGGCACACUGAUUAAGAAUGUGUAUUUUGUAUAACUUUGGCAAUGGUAAAUUAGAGUAAUGGUGAUUUAUUUUUACUUUUAUCAGCCUUUGGAUCAUCAGCAUUGGAAUUGGGAGACCGGGUGAUCAUAGGUAGCUGAGUGGAAACCCACCUUUUGUGGCCGUUACAAACGUAUAUCUAUAUUUUAAUUUGUUUUUACAAAACCCAUUGCAUGAACAUGUUGUUAAGCAAGUUCCUAGCACCCCAGCAAUCUAGGGUCAACAAAUGUUUGUAUGGUACUACAAACUCAAUCUUAUAUACACAGAAAUUAUGCCUAACAACUGUACCAGCACUUGGGUCAUGAUCCCAGAAGUUAUCUAUUUCCAAACAAAGCCUUCCAGCCUUUGUUCCAGGGGAGACGUUACUUUUGAGGUUGUGUAACCAUCAGCCUAACGUAAGCUGCUUGGUCAGUGGUAAAUUUGUCUUAAUUGAGCACGCUUUAUUCGACUAUUUUCAACUGUGUCCUCAACUAAUUGCUCUAUUUACAAAUUCACACAGAUUAACGUUAUAGUAGAACACUUAUGUGGCAAAAAAUUGCCACAUAAGUGGCCAAAAAAUUAAAUUAAAUUGACAUACAAUUGAUGAUACAAUAAAGUUCAUGAAUAGCUAACUAAACAUGCAAUAUCAACAGUAAAUAAGAGAGUAGGGUAGAUCUCAGGGCUUGGGCUGUUGGUCGUUAGGCACACUUUGUUUGGGUUGCCUUUGUUAGUAGUUUCAAGUCUGUGGAAAUAAAGUUUGUAUUUUUCAUACCGGCUGUAAGAGUUGCAGCAUACAGUAUAUGUCUGAAAUGGUUUUUAAUAAAACCAAAGUUAGUUUGGUGACACACUGA